AUGACUAUCUCAACCGGCCCUCAUCCGACAAUUUCUGCACAUGAAUAUAUAUUCGGGGAGUGUAUGAUUGCAGACCUCGCACUGCAGGGUUCCUCUAUCUCUCCAAGCCCAUUGAGAGUUUCUAUGAUGCUCGCAUCCGACAUCUUCGUGGUGUCUCAGUCCCUCCACGAUGCGAUUGAAUGCAUGCUGGCGGUCUGCAACAUUGGCAUGUUGCGGAACCUCCUCAUCCACAGCUUGGUUUGCCAUUGUGGCAAGCCUGUUCUCGUGCCAAAGCUUGACCGCAAUUAUAGCAAAAUUCUCGACCGCAGCUAG